CACGUGUGCUUUCCAUCAUGGCGCACUACAACUUCAAGAAGAUCACAGUUGUACCUUCGGCAAAGGAUUUUGUCGAUAUCGUUCUCUCCAGAACCCAGCGGAAAACACCGACCGUAAUUCAUCGACACUACAAAAUCAGCCGGAUUCGUGGUUUUUACAUGAGAAAAAUCAAGUACACCCAACAGAAUUAUCAUGACAAAUUGACACAAAUCAUCACAGAUUUUCCAAGACUAGAGGAUAUCCAUCCUUUCUAUGCUGAUUUGAUGAAUGUACUCUACGACAAAGAUCAUUACAAGCUGGCUUUAGGACAAAUCAACACCGCCAGGCACUUGAUUGACAAUGUUGCUAAGGAUUAUGUGAGGCUUAUGAAGUACGGGGAUUCACUGUACAGAUGUAAACAGUUAAAACGAGCAGCUUUGGGAAGGAUGUGUACAAUUAUGAAGAGGCAGAAUCAGAGCUUGCAAUACCUGGAACAAGUUCGACAGCAUGUGGCAAGACUUCCAUCAAUAGACCCAAACACAAGAACUCUACUGGUCUGUGGCUUUCCAAAUGUGGGUAAAUCAAGCUUCAUGAAUAAGGUGACUCGUGCAGAUGUGGAAGUCCAACCUUAUGCUUUUACAACCAAGUCUUUGUUUGUUGGUCACAUGGAUUACAAGUACCUCAGGUGGCAGGUUGUUGAUACACCAGGAAUCCUUGACCACUCCUUAGAGGAGCGUAACACAAUAGAGAUGCAGGCCAUCACAGCCCUUGCUCAUCUGCGUGCUGCCAUUCUUUACAUUAUGGAUGUUUCCGAGCAGUGUGGGCACACGCUUGAGGAACAGAUUGAACUGUUUAAUGGUAUUAAACCUCUCUUUGCUAACAAACCACUGAUAGUGGUGCUGAACAAGGUGGAUGUAAUCAGACCAGAGGAACUGACUGAAGAGAAGAGAGAACUGCUCAACGUUUUCAAUCAGGACGGAGUGACACUUCUUUCCAUGAGCACCGUUAGUGAGGAAGGAAUAAUGACAGUCAAAACUGAGGCAUGUGAUCAGCUCUUGGCUCAGAGGGUUGAGGUUAAAAUGAAAAGUAAAAAAGCUAAGGAUGUCAUGAACAGACUUCAUGUUGCCAUGCCAACGCAGCGAGAUCAGAAAGAAAGACCUCCAUGCAUACCACAGGCUGUUCUUGAAAAGAGACAAGCCAUGUCAGUGGAAGGAGCGGAACCUAAGAGGAAACUUGCAAAGGAUCUUGAGAACGAACUGGGAGAAUAUUAUUAUAUGGACUUGCGGCAACACUGGGACUUGAAGAACGAUGAGGAAAAACAUGACAUUAUACCCGAGAUCUACCUAGGAAAGAAUGUAGCUGACUUUAUCGACCCAGACAUUAUGAAGAAACUAGAAGAGUUGGAGAAAGAGGAAGAGCUGCGUGAAGCUGCAGGACUUUACGACUCAGAGUCUGAAGAACUAACCCCUGAACAAGAGGAAAUCAGGAAAACAGCACAGCAAAUUCGAGAGAAAAAGAAGCUGAUCGUCCAAGCACAUCGUGAGAUGAAACCGAGAAACAACAGGGCGAAGUUGCCACGUUCUACAUUUUUGAAGGCUCAAGCCGCUCGCAGCAGAAAAAACAUCACAGAAGAGGUUGGUGGAGAUGUAGAGAUGGAAGGCAUUGAGGAGGGAGACGUGGCCGAAAAAAGAUCUCGUUCUCAGACCCCGAUGAGCCGUAAAAGAAAGAGAGCAGCCAGCAACGGCGCACGCAGCUUAUCACGUCCACCACGUGACCAAUCAGGCAUCAGUUCUCCCGAGAAAAAGAAGAAAGCAAAGAAACUGUCAAAGGUUGUUCAAAGAGGCAUUAACCGUAUGGGCAAAGCAGGUGAAGCUGACAGAAAGAUCGCUACCAAAAUGCCUAAACAUAUGUUUGCCGGCAAACGUAAGAUGAACAAAGUCCAGAGAAGAUAGCCUUGGAUUGGUCGUAUCUCAAUAUAUUUGUAUUAACACCAUAUUCUUGGGAUCCAAUUUAUUUGGAAAUAAAUUCCUUGCGCAGAAAAA